GGCUCUUUACGUUUCACUUUCACGAAUCACGAGAUUGAUAUUUGAGGUUAUGUUGAGAUAGUACCACUCUUAUCUUAUCUAGAUUUAUAUAAUUACAACUUUCAGACAUUUAUUGAUAGUGCUACACUUCAAAGAUGGGCGUUGAGAAUAAAGUUCAAACUGAAGAUCCACAAGUCAAAUCGAAAAAGCAGCAGAAGAAAGAGGCAAAAGAUGCACUCAAGGCAUCCAAGAAAGAAGAACGAAAAUCAGCAGCAGAGGACGCACUUGUCGAGGAAAAAGAUAUAUCAUCAGGUAAAUACGGCAAUCUUCCUUUUACCGAUAGUCUGACAGGUCUUGAAAGCUAUGUCGAUGUGAAAGAUCUUACUCCUGAACUCAAAGUUAAAACUGUUAGGAUAAGAGGCCGUCUACAUACUAGCCGUGCUAAAGGUAAGCAGUGCUUCAUAGUUAUCCGACAACAAUUUGAUACCGUUCAAGGAUUAUGUGCUGUUAACGAUGUUGUGAGUAAAAGUAUGGUCAAGUUUGUAUCCAAUAUCACAAAAGAGUCAAUUAUUGAUGUGCUUGCAACUGUAGUUUCGGUAAAAUCAAAAAUCGAGUCCUGCACUCAAAAAGAUAUUGAACUGCAUAUUGUUGAGGCAUGGGUUGUUAGCGCAGCUAAAAGUCAGCUGCCUUUGUUGAUUGAAGAUGCAUCACGUCCCAUCAAGGAUGAAAAUGAGGAGGAAGAAAUGGAAGGGUUGAAUAUUCGUGUCAGUCAGGACACAAGACUAGACAACCGCGUACUAGAUUUGCGCACACCAGCAAACCAGGCCAUUUUCCGGUUGGAGGCAGGAGUUUGCAAACUGUUCAGAGACGUCUUAACAUCAUCCGGUUUCAUUGAAAUUCAUACACCGAAAAUAAUUGGCGCUGCUAGUGAAGGUGGAGCCAAUGUUUUCACAGUCUCCUAUUUCAAGGGAUCGGCUUACUUGGCUCAAAGUCCCCAACUCUACAAACAGAUGGCGAUCGCCGCUGAUUUCGACAAGGUGUUCACAGUUGGAGCCGUUUUCCGGGCAGAAGACAGCAACACUCAUCGACAUCUCACCGAAUUUGUUGGCUUGGAUUUGGAAAUGGCAUUCAAACGAGACUAUCACGAGGUUCUCCACACUAUUUGCGACAUGUUCACAGCCAUCUUUAAAGGAUUAAGGGAUGAGUAUAGCAGCGAAAUAGCAGCUGUAGGUCGUCAGUACCCUGUCGAACAAUUUCGCUUCUUACAACCAGCCUUGAUACUAACCUAUCCUACCGCAAUCGACAUGUUACGACAAGCAGGCAUCGACAUCGGAGAUGAGGAAGAUUUAAGCACACAUGAAAAGUUACUAGGAAGGCUCGUCAAAGCUAAGUACGACACAGAUUUCUAUGUGUUGGAUAAGUUUCCGCUGGCUGUUCGUCCGUUCUACACAAUGCCUGUUUACCGGCCGAAAUAUUCGAAUUCAUACGAUGUGUUCAUGCGAGGUGAAGAAAUCAUGUCUGGAGCUCAGCGAAUUCAUGAUGCCGAGUUUCUGACGCAGAGAGCUAGUGAACAUGGCAUCGAUUUGGAGAAGAUCAAGGCCUAUGUUGAUGCUUUUAGGUUCGGAUGUCCUCCCCAUGCAGGGGGCGGUAUCGGCCUAGAAAGAGUCGUCAUGCUGUAUCUAGGAUUGGAUAAUAUUAGGAAGACGUCCAUGUUCCCAAGAGAUCCUAAGAGACUUGCACCGUGAUCUGGAUCAUUAUGUCAAUAAAUUGAUUGCAUAUUUGAUACCAAUGAAGCCACCUUGUUAAAAUUUGUCCUAUUUUCUCUCAGAGCUAUAAUCAUUAAUAAUAGUAUCAAUACUUGUUUCAAUUAUAUUAAUAUUUUUUCAUUUAUUGGUAUUCAGAUCAAUCAAUUCAUGACAAUAAUUUUGAAUCUGGUCAUAUUUUGUCUGAAGAUUGGAAUCAUUAAAUAACUAUUGAA